AUGAAUGGACAAACCAGCGGCGAGGAUCCCCAGGUGCUCAUCCCACUCCCUGACCUUGAUCAUGAAAGGCCAUUCCCUCGAAGGGCAAGGCCUUGCCACCCCACCAUCGUACCAUCCCGGGAGUUCCUCCGAAUUCACGCUGCCCUCGCCAUGGAAGGGACCAAACAUGGCAUUCGUGUUAACUCCUUAUCCUCUGGUUUCUUAAAGACUGCUCUGAAUUACUCAGCCAACGCCUCAUCCGACUGGGACCUCAAGAUGAAGUACUAUGGCGGCAUGCUUCGUCCUGCUCUACUUCGGGAGCUUCGUAGCGCAUGUGUCAUCUCUUCUCUGAAUAGUGUAUACACGUACGUUAGCGUGCUCAGCCUUCUAAGCCCUUUGAAGUAUUUCUUAUAUUUCAAUUGA